UUCAGUGACGUCGGACCUUCUUUCCUUUACGCCUCCGGAUGUAGCGGAGGCUAGAUUUCCGGUGCCGGGCGGCUCACGUGUCUCUUUGCCGCGUGUCUCGCUUGCCAAAAUGAAGUUCAAUCCUUUCGUAACCUCGGACCGAAGCAAGAACCGCAAGAGACACUUCAAUGCGCCCUCGCACAUCCGGCGCAAGAUUAUGUCGUCGCCGCUUUCCAAGGAGCUGAGGCAAAAAUACAACGUACGCUCCAUGCCUAUCCGAAAGGACGACGAAGUCCAGGUGGUUCGUGGACAUUACAAAGGUCAGCAAAUUGGCAAGGUAGUCCAGGUUUACAGGAAGAAAUAUGUCAUUUACAUUGAGCGUGUGCAGCGUGAAAAAGCUAAUGGCACAACUGUCCACGUGGGCAUUCACCCUAGUAAGGUAGUUAUCACCAGACUAAAACUGGACAAAGAUCGAAAAAAGAUCCUUGAGCGUAAAGCCAAAUCCCGACAAGUUGGAAAGGAAAAGGGCAAAUAUAAAGAAGAAACCAUUGAAAAGAUGCAAGAAUAAAAUGGUCUAUUGUACAGUUGUAAUUAAAAAUGAAAAAUUAAGCAUAA